UAUCAAUCCGGGUUUGUUCAUUCACCAUAAUUUGAAAAUAUUAUUUAUAAAACUUAUGAGAUAAACCCGCUUAUCUUAAUUGAAUUUUAAAUAUGUUAAACAUCAAACGCAGCCAUUUUAAUAAAAUUUAGUUUCCAGUUGUUUAAGCUGUUUACAAGGGACCACCAUGGACCUCACAAGCAACCUCACCAUCGACCCCACCUUCGACCCGGACGACUCCCUGGACCUCGUCUACGAACCCCUGCAGAUCCUCAUCGCCAUAACCUCGGUCGCGUCAGCCCUCGCCAACCUCACCGUCAUCUACGUGAUCCUCAGGUUCAACAUCCUGAGGACCAGAUGCAACUUGUACCUCAGCAAUUGGGCCUUAUGCAACUUGUUGGCGAUGCUCUUCAUGCCCAUGUGGCCGAACUUGUCGCAGGAGGAGUGGCAUUAUGUGGCCGGGUGCAUUUGGAGUGAGUUCUACUAUGGGGCAGCGGUAGGGAACUUCUUCUUCGUACUGAUUCUGCUUGUGGACUGGUUGGUGAUGAGCUUGAAGCGGGUCACCUGGUGCCAAAAGGUCCACUGGUACGUCAUGGGGGUCACCUGGUCGAUCACCGUGGGAAUAUCGGUGGCCUCGCUCACUUACUGUUUGCUCAACUGGAGCUACCCGUUGACCCAAGUGUGCUACUUGUUCACCUUCUUGGUGAUCUUCAUUGUGAUCAUUGUGGUGUUCUUGGUGCGGCUGUUGAUGGUGAACGUGUUGGGGAGAAGGAGCAUGCUGAACAGCAAAGUGGAACCGAUCGUGGUGGGGUCGUUCUGGAUGUGUUGGACCCCCAGUUGGAUCUUGUGCUACGGGCAGCUCUUCCAGUUGUUCUACACCACGCAAACAGUGGAGGAGAGUUUCAUGUGUCUGGCGCACAGUCACGGUUGGAUCAUGCUCGUUUUACUGAUCGUUUGUGAUAAGAGGUUCAGGGUUUGUUUGAGGGGCGGUUUGGGGAUAAGGGAGGACACUGAAACGGUACAAAACGGGGUGAACAAGGAGCAACAGACGGUGCUCUUGAAGUAGAUUUAAGAUGCUUAUGUUACCAAAUAUUGUGAAGACUGAUAAUUGACCAAUGACGUGAUUUUUUUUUUUGAAAAAGUGGUCGAAACCGUCCUGGGGACAAUCCUCUAGUUUUUCAAGCGUAACUUUUUAUAGGGUCAUUUUUGGAAAAAAAAUUUGGUUACCUAAAUUGUAGAAAAUUAAAUUUUCUUUAAAAAAGGUCUCUAUACAUUUUUACGUGUGACAAUUAGGUUAGGAGAUACAGUGAAAAAUUAUUCCAGGCACUCCUAGUUGUUUUAAGUAUGCCAACGGUAUUUCUUAAAUAACUUCUUAAAAAUUCAUUUUCUGGAAAAUUUUGUAUUUAGCAAUAUUGUUAGGUUUUUAAUUUCCUCUAAAAAAGAUCUCUAUAGAUUUUUACGUAUGAUGAUUAGGUUAGAAGAUACAGUAAAAAAUUUAGUCCAGGCACUCCUAGUUCUUCAAAUACAAAAUCACUUUUUCUUAAAUAUCUUCUGAUACAUUCAUUUUUCGAAAAAUUUUAUAAUUAACAAAUUUGUUAAGAAUUUAAUUUCCUUUAAAAAUGCCCUCUAUACAUUUUUACUCAAGACUCUUAGAUUUGGAGAUAUUGUAAAAAACUUGCCUCGGCAUCCCUGGUUUUUAAGGCAUAACAACGAUUUUUUUAAAAUAUCUUCUUACACGUUCGUUUUUCGGAAAAAAUGCUUAUGACCAAUAUUGUUCAGAAUUAAAUUUACUUUAAAAAAAGUCUCUAUAAAUUUUUACGUAUGAUAAUUAGAUAAGGAGAUACAGUAAAAAAUCAUUCCAGGCACCCCUAGUUUUUUUAAGUAUGCCAACAGUUUUUCCUAAAUAUUUUCUAAUAGGUUCAUUUUCUGGAAAAUUUCGUACUUAGCAAUAUUGUGAACAAUUAAAUUUCCUUUAAAAAUGCCUUCUAUACAUUUUCACUCAAGACUCUUAGAUUUGGAGAUAUUGUAAAAAAACUUGCCUCGGCAUCCCUGGUUUUUAAGGCAUAACAGCGAUUUUUUAAAAAUAUCUUCUUACACGUUCGUUUUUCGGAAAAAAUGCUUAUAACCAAUAUUGUUCAGAAUUAAAUUUACUUUAAAAAAGGUCUCUAUAAAUUUUUACGUAUGACAGUUAGAUAAGGAGAUACAGUAAAAAAUCAUUCAAGGCGCCUCUAGUUUUUUUAAGUAUGUCAACGGUUUUUCCUAAAUAUUUUCUAAUAAGUUCAUUUUCUGGAAAAUUUCGUACUUAGCAAUAUUGUUAACAAUUAAAUUUCCUUUAAAAAUGCCCUCUAUACAUUUUCACUCAAGACUCUUAGAUUUGGAGAUAUUGUAAAAAAACUUGCCUCGGCAUCCCUGGUUUUUAAGGCAUAACAACGAUUUUUUUAAAAUAUCUUCUUACACGUUCGUUUUUCGGAAAAAAUGCUUAUGACCAAUAUUGUUCAGAAUUAAAUUUACUUUAAAAAAAGUCUCUAUAAAUUUUUACGUAUGACAGUUAGAUAAGGAGAUACAGUAAAAAAUCAUUCAAGGCGCCUCUAGUUUUUUUAAGUAUGUCAACGGUUUUUCCUAAAUAUUUUCUAAUAAGUUCAUUUUCUGGAAAAUUUCGUACUUAGCAAUAUUGUUAACAAUUAAAUUUCCUUUAAAAAUGCCCUCUAUACAUUUUCACUCAAGACUCUUAGAUUUGGAGAUAUUGUAAAAAAAACUUGCCUCUGCAUCCCUGGUUUUUAAGGCAUAACAACGAUAUUUUUAAGAUAUCUUCUUACACGUUCGUUUUUGGGAAAAAAUGCUUAUGACCAAUAUUGUUCAGAAUUAAAUUUACUUUACAAAAGGUCUCUAUAAAUUUUUACGUAUGACAGUUAGAUUAGGAGAUACAGAAAAAAAUCAUUACAGGCGCCUCUAGUUUUUUUAAGUAUGCCAACGGUUUUUCCUAAAUAUUUUCUAAUAGGUUCAUUUUCUGGAAAAUUUCGUACUUAGCAAUAUUGUUAAAAAUUAAAUUUCCUUUCAAAAUGUUCUCUAUAAAUUUUUACCUAAGAUCCUUACAUUUGGAGAUAUGCUAAAACAAAUGUUCCUAAGCACCCUUGGUUUUUAGGUAUUGCAAUGAUUUUUCUUCAAUAUCUUCUUACAUGUUCAUUUUUCCAAAAAAAUGCUCAUAACCAAUAAUGUUCAGAAUUAAAUUUCCUUUAAAAAAGAUCUCUAUACAUUUUUACGUUUGACAAUUAGAUAAGAAGAUACAGUAAAAAAUGUUUUCAGGCCCCCAUAUGUUUUUAAAGUACCCUAACGGUUUCUUUUAAAUAUCUUCUGAUACGUUGAGUUUCUGAAAAAUUUUAUACUUAACAAUUUUCUUAAGAAUUUAAUUUCCUUUAAAAAAGCCCUCUAUAAAUUCACUUAAGACCCUUAGAUUAGGAGAUACAAUAAAAUGUUCCUAGACACCCCUAGUUACCUUGGCCAGUUUUUCUUAAAUAUCUCCGCAACCACUUAUGCUAAAAUAACGAGCGAUACCUCAAAUUAAAGCUCUGUCCACGACCUACCCUAAGCCUAAUAUACUUUUUCCAAAAAACUUAAUAUUUAAGCCGUUAAUGACAAAUUAAUGUUAAUAUUAUGUUAUGCGAGUGGAUACGUUAUCCAUUUUAAUAGUUUUAUUGGUGAAUACAGUUGGUUUAUUUUUU